AAGUGUGUGAGUAGGCCAACCAUUAGAACAGCCUUGCUGUGACAGAAACUAAAGUCAGUCCAAUGCUUUAAUCACAGUCCAACACACAGAGAGACAUAUCGCUGUCGAUUUCCUCUCGCUUUCAAGCUGAAAACGUUUCAUCAAGUCGCCGGGUAGAGACAGCCGAGCCAUGGCAGGGGACGGGUCGGACCAGCGGGCGCUGCAGUAUGAACAAACUCUGAAGUAUGGGAGCUACAGCGAGGACUUCGGGAAGUACACCAAAGAGGAGGCCGCUCGGCUGAGGGAGAGUGGGCAGAGACGAUCUGUCAGCCGGACCCUCGACCCGCUGGAGUACGACAAGGGACGCUGUGCCAAGUGUCGCUUCUGCACGGUUCGCUGUCUGAAGGUCCUGAUCUCAUUUGUCGGGGAGGACUGGAUCUUCCUCAUCCUGCUGGGACUCCUCAUGGCCCUGGUCAGCUGGGUGAUGGACUUUGGCAUCAACAGCUGUCUAUAUGCACUGAUGUGGAUAUACAAUAGUCUGGACAGUAACGUGUUUCUGCAGUAUCUGGCCUGGGUCAUCUACCCUGUAGUACUCAUCUGCUUCUCUGCCGGGUUCGUCCAGAUUCUCGCCCCCCCAGCUGCUGGCUCAGGUAUUCCAGAGAUGAAGACCAUCCUGCGAGGAGUUGUGAUGAAGGAAUACCUCACCUUAAAAGCUUUCGUGGCCAAAAUCAUUGGCCUCACCGCUGCUUUGGGCAGCGGCAUGCCCCUGGGCAAGGAGGGUCCAUUCGUACAUCUCGGCGGUUUGUGCGCUGCUGUUCUCAUGAGGUUCAUGUCUCUGUUUGGGGAAAUCUAUGAGAAUGAGUCAAGAUACAUUGAGAUGCUGGCAGCGGCCUCUGCAGUGGGAGUGGGCAGCUGUUUUGCUGCCCCCAUAGGAGGUGUGUUGUUCAGUAUUGAAAUAACAUCCCAGUUCUUUUCGGUGAGAACCUAUUGGAGAGGUAUCUUUGCUGCUACCAUCGGUGCCUUCAUCUUCAGAGUACUGGCUGUGUGGAACACUGACGCAGAGACCGUCACAGCUCUUUUGAGAACCAGUUUCCGGCUAGACUUUCCAUUUGGCCUCCAGGAGCUUCCUGCCUUCGGUGCCCUUGGUAUUGCCUGUGGUUUUGGUGGGGCUUUGUUUGUCUACCUGAACGGAGUUAUUGUCCGGUUCAUCAAGAAACAGAAGGCCAACAAUGGAUUCCUCAUGAAAAGACAUCUGCUGUAUCCAGCACUGGUCACUUUACUUAUUUCUACACUCACAUUUCCCCCUGGCUUUGGACAAUUUAUGGCUGGAAAGCUGAACAUGAUGGAGACUAUGGAGGCAUUACUGGACAACCGGACGUGGGCUAAACAGGGCAUCGCUGAGGAGGCUGAACACAUGGGACACUCUGAAGCCUGGAUAAUCCCGCAGGUCAACGUCUUCGUCACCCUGGGCCUCUUUACUUUCAUGAAGUUCUGGAUGUCUGCCCUGGCCACCACCAUGCCAGUGCCCUACGGAUCCUUCAUGCCAGUAUUUGUCAUUGGGGCAGGUUUUGGUCGUCUGGUUGGAGAAGGCAUGGCAACCUGGUUCCCAGAUGGCAUUCACACAAAUGGCACCAGCUACCCCAUAGUGCCAGGAGGCUACGCUGCCGUGGGUGCGGCGGCCUUGUCGGGAGCGGUCAGCCACUCGGUUUCCACCGCAGUCAUCGUGUUCGAGAUGACCGGCCAGAUCACCCACAUCCUGCCAAUUAUUAUAGCAGUGAUCCUGGCCAACGUCGUGGCGCAGUCCCUUUCGCCCUCUCUCUAUGACUCACUCAUCAAGAUCAAGAAGCUGCCCUACCUCCCAGAGCUGGGCUGGGGACACCACGAAAAGUAUGAUAUUCACGUGGAGGACAUGAUGGAGCGGGACGUGCGGUACAUCACACUCAACUGCAGCUACAGAGACCUGCAUAAUGUGCUACUGAAGGGUCACCUCAAGACUGUGGCACUAGUAGAAUCAGCUGAGUCCAUGAUCCUGUUGGGCUCCAUCGAGCGCGCCCAGCUCCAGGAGCUGCUCUCCCUGCAGCUCGGCCGCCCCUUACGAUUAGUGAACAUCAGGGAAGGAGCCGUCGAGGAUAAGAAACGCCUGUCGGUCGUGUCAAACGACAGCAGCGAGAACAGCAGCCACCGGGCCAGUCAGGAGGUCCGCUUUCAGAUCUCUACUGAGGACUCAUCCUUAAGCCCUACUCGUCCAGUCCCUCAGAAGCCUCUCAAACCUGCACUGAAGAGAUCCUCUGUGGUGGAGCAACCCACCGGUCCACAUGAUCAUUCGGGCAUUGCUUUCAAGAACCUGUACGGCACCAUUCCAGACACAGAAGCAGACCUGGAGCACAACGUAGAUGUGGAGGAUGACAUGACUAUUAGAGAGAUUACAGAGUUGGAGGAGAAGCAGCUUGAUGACAAGGUCAAUUUCAACAACUGCAAGAUCGAUGACGCCACGAUCCAGUUGGUGGAGCGCAUGUCGCUGCAUAAGACCCACACCAUCUUCUCCGUGCUGGGCCUCGACCACGCCUACGUCACCAGCAUCGGACGCCUCGUGGGGGUGGUUUCCCUUAAAGAGCUUCACAAGACCAUCGAGGGCUCUGUGAAAGUGGAGGGUGCGAAGGUGCGUCCUGCUCUGGCCAGCUUCCGGGACAAGGGCAAAAGCAGCAGUGAGAACGAAACCAUCGAUGUCCACAAGCUGAGGGAUCGCCUCAGAAGCAUGCAGCUGCCCCGCGAUCACAUCCCCUCCGAGUGAGGGAAAGUAGAGGAGGAAGAGGAAGAAGAAGAGCAGGCAAGGAUAUCCACUACUACCUACAGAAUCUGCUCUACUGUUUGGAUGCCUCAUACCCAACUUCAUUGUGGUUUUUAGCAUUUGACGCAUUAGAUGGAUUUUAUUUUUGGUGGUGUCUUGUGUUAAUGCGCGUCACUGAGUAAAGUAAAAUACACACAGUAAAACAGCACGGCUUGGCAUGACAUAGCGCAUGUGAGAUUUGUUUUAGAACUCAAAUGUACCAAAAACAAAAGCUUGAUGGAAAUGAAUAUAGGACUAUUGAAUUAUGUUGUGUCUUGGUAUGUUUGCCAUCUUGUGCCUGUAUGUUAUGUGUCUUUACAGCAUCUUAUUUUAUACGUAUUGAGUCAGAUUAUUUCACUUUAAUAGGCAUGUUCCAUUCACCCAUUGAGCAAAAUCAGGCGAUGAUUUAACUGGGGAUAGGGUCUUUGCAAAGUAAAUCUUACCGAUUAAUAUAUUUAUCAUUCCUGUAAUUUAAAAUCUUUAAUAAAAAUUUAAUGUCUUAACCAAUCUUUGACUAAUCUCUAUUUGAAAGAGAUUUGGGGGGCUUGUUUUAUAUUCUCACAUGUGACUGAUUUUUUUCACAAAGAGAUUGAUUUUAAUGCUGUCCUUUAUGGGUUUCUUAUCUGUUGACAUGCGGUCUGUAACAUUUCUACUAAGACAUGUAUUUUUAAAGUGCAAAUAACACUAAAGGGGUGAAGGCUUGCAAUGGCUGCCGGAUAGGGAAUUUCUUUUUAUUGUGAAGCCAAGGGAAGUUACUGUUGAAGGGAUGCGUAUUUAUUAGUCUGUAUGAAUCAAAGUAAAAGUAGAAAGUGAUCAUUCUUUUUAUGGAUGAUCUUGUAGGUAAUCAAUUUGCGCAAUAACACUUUGUAAUCCAGUUUUUAUUGAUGACAUGACUGCAAGAUAACUUUAGUUUUGUGAAGACACCUGAAAAGUGUAAAAAGAUGUACUGUAUGUAUAUGAGAACUGACGCUCACACAGGAGCUUGUGGGUGAUGAAGUGGUAUUUGAAUGACUCAGGGAAAGUUUCCCAAAAGCCAAAAUAAAAGCUGUCAGAAUCCCACUAGAAUCAGCAUUAAGAUAUUUAAGGACAGCCUUUGUUCAAGAAGAGAAGUGGCUUAGACUCUUUAUUUUUGGCUUUUGGAAACCUUCCCCGUCUCGUCUUAGAAGGCUCUGUGGUGAAUCUGCUGCAUGAACUGUAGCCGGUGCUUUCAGCUCCCAGGGUACUAUUCUGUUAAUCAUUUUUGCCAUUCCUCAAGAAAGAAAAUGCCAAAUACUCCCAAGUUUAGAGACGUAAUUUUCCUGGUUAACAAUUCGAUGGAUGUGAAUACAACUGAAACAGUAUAUUUUAGUGUUAUUUUCUUGAACCCAUUGCCUCUGUGUUCAUCAUAAGACAACUUGAAAUGAAGUGUAUUAUACAGUAUGUCCACAACAUACAGUGAGGUUUCAUCAGUAGAAAAUGUCUAAUUGACAUCAGAUUUUGUAAAAUUAAAUUCUUUAAAAUUAAGGAACAAAAGCUUUUCCACAACAUUAGCAGAUGUACUGACCAAGUGUUGUUUCACAUGCAUGUCAGCCACAACACCUGUUGACAAGAGGGACACAACCUUUGACUGUAAAAUUAGUGGACAGAGCAUGUGUGACAUCACCCAUUGGUUUGUGGAGAUCUGCUAUGAGUCGUCAAGUUUGCCGUUACGGGCGCAGCCAUCCUGGUUGCGGAUGUGACCAUUUUAGACGAGAGGGAG